CCCAGGGCGGGGCUCUUCACCGGGUCCGGCAGCUGAAGCUCGGCGCUCGGGUUACCUCUGCAGCGACGCCCCCUGGUCCCGCCGCUGUCGCCGCCGCCUCUCCCGCCCCUCAGCUCCUCGGCCGCGCCAUGGGCACCCGCGACGACGAGUACGACUACCUCUUUAAAGUUGUCCUUAUUGGCGAUUCUGGUGUUGGAAAGAGUAACCUCCUAUCUCGAUUUACUCGAAAUGAGUUCAACCUGGAAAGCAAGAGUACCAUUGGAGUAGAGUUUGCAACAAGAAGCAUCCAGGUUGAUGGGAAGACAAUAAAGGCGCAGAUAUGGGACACAGCAGGGCAGGAGCGGUACAGGGCUAUCACAUCUGCAUACUAUCGUGGAGCAGUAGGUGCCUUAUUGGUUUAUGACAUUGCUAAGCAUCUCACAUAUGAAAAUGUAGAGCGAUGGCUGAAAGAACUGAGAGACCAUGCUGAUAGCAACAUUGUUAUCAUGCUUGUGGGCAAUAAGAGUGAUUUACGCCAUCUCAGGGCAGUUCCUACCGAUGAAGCAAGAGCUUUUGCAGAGAAGAAUGGUUUGUCGUUCAUUGAGACAUCUGCUCUAGAUUCUACAAAUGUUGAAGCUGCUUUUCAGACAAUUCUGACAGAGAUAUACCGCAUUGUUUCUCAGAAGCAAAUGUCAGACAGACGUGAAAAUGACAUGUCUCCAAGCAACAAUGUGGUUCCUAUUCAUGUUCCACCUACCACUGAGAACAAGCCAAAGGUGCAAUGCUGUCAGAACAUCUAAGGCGUCUCUCUCCCCUAGAAGGCUGUGUAUAGUCCAUUUCCCAGGUCUGAGAUUUAAAUAUAUUUGUAAUUCUUGUGGUCACUUUCUGUGUCUUGUUACUUCCUCACACUUAAGAAUCUUCUCAUGUCUUAAGUCUUUUGAUUUUGGCUUUAUAAAAUCAUCAACUUUGUCCUGAAUGACUGCAGUUCUUUUUCAUGCUAUGGCUCCUCUAGCCUUAGUUUAAUAAACUGAAUGUUUGAAUUCCUCA